GCGACACUGGCUAGAAGUCACGCUAUUACUCUUGGCGACAAUUUGUACAAGUGCAUAGCUUUGUUUCAGCGCAAACCUUAUCUCUGGCUUAAAAAGCGUAGCGACAAACAGCGGAUGUGCUGAACCAAGUUAGCAACAGGGCGCGCGACGUAAUGGACCCAGAGGUUGCCCCGCCCCCGACUCUUGAGGGCGCAGACCCAACAGAGGGCGCUACUGAGGAGCGACAAGCGGACGAUGCUGGGAUGGCGCCUGGUGACGACUAUGUAGAGCCGGGGGCAGGGGCUGACACGGAGGCAGAACCCGAAGCCGCGGAGCCCGAAGCCGCGGAGCCCGAGCCCGAAGCAGCGGAGCCCGAAGCCGCGGAGCCCGAAGCCGCGGAGCCCGAGCCCGAAGCAGCGGAGCCCGAAGCCGCGGAGCCCGAAGCAGCGGAGCCCGAGCCCGAAGCUGCGGAGCCCGAAGCCGCGGAGCCCGAAGCCGCGGAGGAUGCGGGUGCGGGCGACGACUCGUAUGCAGAUGACGCAUUUCACGAACACGACGAGGCGGCAGACGACACGGAGGCUGCCGAGCCAGCGGCCGCCGAGCCAGAGCCGGAGCCGGAGCCGGAGCCCGAGGCCGAGGCCGAGGCCGAGGCCGAGGCCGGCAACACAGAGCCUAGAGGCGUGGGCGAGGAGCCGACCGCGGAUGCAGCGGAAGGGCCGGAGGGUGGCGGCGAGGAGGAGGUGCCGGAGCACAGCGGCAAGAUCCUGACCUACAUCUCGCCCUCCUUCGAGCGGGCCGCCAGCGCGGUGUACCGAAUCCAGGCGGAUCCUGAGCAGCUGGCCGCAGCCAAGGAGGCGGUGCUCGCCAGCAUCGCCUCCGCCGCGCCCUCACGUAACGCUAGCAGCGUAGCGCGCGCAUCCUCUGGCUCCGCUUCCGGCUCCGCCUCCGGCGCAGCCGCCGCUACCGCGGCCAGCGGCGCCGCCUCCAAACGUGAGUCAUUCUCCUCCCAGACAGCGUCAGCGUCAGCGGCAGCGGCGCCGCCAGCGGUCAGUGAAUCGGCGCCGGGGCCUGGGUCGACAGCGGGCUCAAAGCCGGCCUCUAAGGCGGGAUCCUUCUCAUCGUCGGCGGCGCCGCCGGCACUAGAACCAUCCGCAUCAGCAGGGACGGGUGCGAGCCGAGGCGCCUCCUUCAGUUCGGCUGCCCCUGCGGCCGCGCCGGAGGCGUCGGCGGUGUCGGCGGCUUCCUCCUCACUGCGGAAGCAGCAGAGCGGCGGCUCGGCGGCGGCGGCGACGGACAGGCCGCAGGCCUCCGCGCCUAGCGCUAGCGGGGCCCCCAGCGGUGCUGCCUCCCGGGCGACAAGCUUCGUGGGAGCAGGGCAGCUGUCACAGUCCCAGUCCCAGUCGCAGUCGCAGCGGCAGGGGUCGCGGCCGGGGAGCACCGAGCCACUCGAGCCGUCGGCGCCAUCGACAUCGUCGGCCGCGGCGCAGCCGCCGCUGCUGCCGCGCGGGCUGUCCUUCGCCUCCAACACCAGCGGUCCCGUCCGGCGAGCACCCAGCACCAGCACCAGCAGCAGUGCGGGCCAGCCCGUUGCGGAGCCGUCGCUCGCACCUGCAGCCCUGCCAUCGUCAUCACUUGCAACAGCAGUGGCAGCAGCACCACCGCCGCCGCUGCCGCCCCUGCCCAGCAGCGCCGCCGGCUCGAGGCCGCGCUCCGCCGCCUCAGCCGCCGCCUCCGCUUCCAGCCCCGCCGCCACCUCUGACCCCGCGGCUCCCGCCUCGCCCCCGCCCCCGCCCGAGCCCUCCUCUCCCCCGCCGCCCCCGCCUCCUCCGCACCACCUCAGCACCACGCGGGUGCAGCCCAAAGGCCCGCUGGACGCCUGCGCGGCUCAAUCCGCCAGCGAGCACGUGCGCACGGUUUGGUCCACCGCCAACAUCUGCGGCAUCCGCUCACUGCCCAACGCCCUCAACCCCGACUUCCGCGAGCGCCUGUAUCAGGAGCUGGUGGCGGCGGCGCAGCGCGAGCGGGCGGGCGACACCAGCGGCGACCGCGGGCGGCGCGCCGACCUGAGCUACGGGCUGGAGGGCGGGCCGCUGGCCAUGCCGCUGAGUGUAGGGCAGAAGCAGGUGGCGCGCAUCCACCCGCUCAGCGGGAUGUUCACACAGUUUGAGUACCUGCCCUCCGAAUACGACCGCGUCAAGCUCAUGGGCAAGUUCGACCGGCUCAAGCACAAGCUGAGUCAGACCACGCCCUCCGAGUUCGUGGUGCGAGCUCCCCCCGCGCCCCCCCGCGGCGCCCCCGCCUUCUCCGAAUUCGCCUACGUGACCGACCCGGCGGAGGCGUACGACAGCAGCGUGCUGGCGGACAAUGACGUGGGCAGGUCCAGGGUGGUGGCGGGCCCCUUCUACCCGGCGGGCCGGCCCAAGUCUGCCACGUCCCUCAAGGGGCGGCUGGACGAAUGCAUGAUGGGGCUGUGUCGGCAGCUGAGCGAGGACUGGCCCACCGGCUUCCUGCAGAUCUUCGAGGACAGCAACGGCAGUGUGGUGGUGUCGUUCGACAAAUCCCGCGCCGUGUCCGAGGGCGACCUGACCUCCUACAUGAACACGCUGGCCAAGCGGCACCACCUGGUGGCGGCAUUCCACCUGCUCAAGGACGCCACGCAGUGGGGGCUGGUGGACGCCGACACGGGCGCGGUGUUCUACGUGCUGUGGCCGCCGUGGGUGCGGCACAAGUACCUGGGCCCGCACGCCGCUGCGGCGUUCGGUGAGGCCGCCAACGGGCGGCCGGGCACCCGCGGCAGCGACAGCAGCGACGAGGAGGGAGGCGGCGGGGGUGGCGGCGGCAGUGGCGGCGCGUACGACGGGGAAGAGGGGCCGCGCAGUGGCGGCGGGCUGCUGGAGUCGUACGGUGAUGGCGCCAGCAUGGGGCUGGGUAGUACGGCAACGGGGAUGGGGGGCGAUGGGUACGGCAGGAUGGGCAGCGCGAUGCGGGCGGGGUAGUGCAUGUUUGAAAGUAGGCAGGCUGGGGCUGGAGGCUGGAGCGUGGGGCUGUUGGCUGGACGGGAGCGGGGAGGAGGCGUGGCGUGCGGUCAUGUUGAUGGAGUAAGCAGUCUAAAGGCAUGCAGACUUGAUAAGGAAGUCGAUGUACAUAUCAGAAAUGUCAGGUAGCUAGGUCACAGAAACAGGAGUUCCCACAAAACGUCCAUGAGGUAUGAGCUUGGACAUGAGUGAACCCUACGAUGUGCAGGGCCAUGGCGUUGCUGACUCGCUGAGACACCGACGUUGACUGGUGCCAGGCAGUAGAUACGUGCACAGUUGCAACAGGUGACACUGAAGGUGACACGCAAGUGUUUUGGAAGAGCGUUGUGAAAGUUGUCGCGGUCCGGGGCACGGCAUGACGGCGGGGGUAGGUGGGGGCGGCCCAGGCCGGCAGCCAAUCGGGAUCCCCAUCCUGAACCAGAUUCAUCGCGGAAACAC